AUGGGCAAAUCACAAAGCAAGUUGUCUCCCGAACAGCUAGCAGAUUUACAGAAGAACACCUACUUUGACAAGAAGGAAUUGCAACAGUGGUACAAAGGGUUCCUGAAGGACUGUCCAUCUGGCCAUCUUGACAAGAUCGAAUUUGCCCGCAUAUAUAAACAAUUCUUCCCUUUUGGAGACCCUGGUCAAUUCUCAGAAUAUGUGUUCAACGUAUUCGAUGAGAACAAAAAUGGGACGAUUGAUUUCAAGGAGUUUAUCGGUGCCCUCAGUGUAACGAGCAGAGGGCGACUGGACGAAAAACUGAAAUGGGCAUUCCAACUAUACGACAUUGAUGGCGAUGGGUUUAUCACAUAUGAUGAAAUGCUUCAAAUAGUAAGGUCCAUAUACAAGAUGACAGGGCAGAUGGUCAAAUUACCCGCGGACGAGGACACGCCGGAGAAGCGAGUUGACAAGAUUUUCCGGAAUAUGGACAGAGAUAAAGAUGCUCGGUUGACGUUCGAUGAAUUUGUGGAGGGUAGUAAGCAGGACCCUACGAUAGUUCAGGCGCUAUCACUGUAUGAUGGCCUCGUGUAG